ACUGGGAUCCCAGGCAUGGAGCAUGCUCACAUUUGGGUCUCUAUCCCAAUGUGCCUCAUGUACCUCGUUGCCAUCCUGGGGAACUGCACCAUCCUCUUUUUCAUAAAAACAGAGACCUCUCUGCAUGAGCCUAUGUACUAUUUCCUCUCCAUGCUGGCCUUUUCUGAUUUGGGACUGUCUAUCUCCUCCCUUCCAACCAUGCUGAGAAUCUUCUGGUUCAGCAUCACUAGAAUUUCCCCUGAUGCUUGCUUUGCCCAGGAGUUUUUCAUUCAUGGAUUCUCAGCUAUGGAGUCAUCAGUUCUUCUCCUCAUGUCCAUUGAUCGUUUUAUAGCUAUCUACAACCCUCUGCGAUACACCUCCAUUCUGACCAGUGCCAGAGUCAUGAAUGUUGGCCUUGCAUUUGCCGUGAAAAGUAUUCUAUUGGUCUUUCCUUUCCCCUUUAUUCUAAAGAGGCUAAAAUUCUGUAAGAAAAGCCUUCUAUCCCACUCUUACUGCCUCCACCAGGAUGUCAUGAAGCUGGCCUGCUCUGACAACAGGGUCAAUAUCAUCUAUGGAUUACUUGUGGCUCUAAUGGCUAUGUUAGACUUGGUGUGUAUUUCUGUGUCUUAUGUUCUGAUCCUGAAAAUUGUUCUGGGCAUCGCCUCACAUAAGGGCUGUCUCAGAGUCUUCAACACUUGCAUCUCCCACAUCUGUGCUGUGCUCAUCUUCUAUGUGCCUAUUGUCACCUUGGCUAUUAUUCACCGCUUUGCCAAAAGUGUUUCCCCACUUAUUAGAGUCGUCAUAGCUGAUACUUUCCUUCUGGUUCCCCCUCUAAUGAAUCCCAUUGUGUACUCGGUGAAGAGUCAGCAGAUUAGAAGUCUGAUCCUUACAAAAUUAUGUGGGAAACCAGGUUGAUGGGAAAUUUCAGCUGCAAUGA